UUUUUCUACUAAAUAAUUAUAAUUAUAAUCAUUAGGUUAACAAUCAAAUUUGAUUUUAACCUGUUCUACUCAUUAAUGUGAUUAAAUGUGAAUCUGAUAUUAAUUAUCAACAUUAUGUUAGAAAAUUAGUUUUUUUUUCUGUUUUUCUGUAAUUAUUUUAUUCAUGUUUAAUUAUUGAUACUCUUUUUUUUUUAUUUAUAUUAAGCUUUUUGUGUAUUUGUUUGUUUACAAAUGUCUGAAGUAAUGGUUAUGGAAGCAGUUGAAUCAAUCUCUGAUCUUAGAGAUCAAGUGAUCUGUAAACUCAAAAGGAUUAAACCUUACACUGAGAAUCAGCUGCUUGCUCUUCACACUAAUUCUGAGCUAAACAAUUCAGCUGAAUAUGUGGAUAAAUUUAUCAAGGAGGCAUUGUCACUUGAUGAUUGUGACUUUUACCAAAAUAUUGGAAAACUCAAUAAAUGGAGAGAACUAUUAGCUAAAAAUAAGCGUGAUUUAACUAAAUUAAAAGGUGAUUGUGAAGAAGAUCAAAGUAAAUCUUGGCAGAUGAAUAGACGAAUGAUCAUAAAGAAAGGAAAAUGUUUGGAUAAUCGACAAGUGGAAGGGAAACACUCAUACAGAGAGGCUUCUCUCCAAGAGAAACGAAUUAAAUCAUUAGAACACAAUUUACUUACAUUGAGAGAAACCAUAGUAAAUGAACAUUGUUACCAUAUGCAAAUGUCUCAAUCAACACAAAAACAAAUUGAAUAUGAAAUUGAACUUCUAACCAAGGAGCCUGAUAGAAAUGAAAAGAUACUAAAAUUGAAACCAGUUCUUUCAUCAUUAUUUUCAUUUUAUCGUAAAUUUGAAAAUGAUGAAGAUGGUCUAGAGAAUCUGGUUAAACAAUGGAUCGCUCGAUUGGUCGCUUGUCUACUGGAAGUUGCAACGUUCGAAGAUCGACUGUUCCUACUUAAUCAUGUACUCAGAUGCCCUGGAGGAAUAACAUCAUGGGCUGUAGGGUUUGUUCAAUGUCCAAGUCCAUUCGAUGGUUCAAGUUACGAUGAAGCAAUAGAGAUUCUUAAUCAUUGUAUGAAUGUAAUUUCCAUUAUACUUUCACCUGUCAGAGCUCGUGAUAAAUUCAUCAAUUCACCAACAUCUCCUGUAAAGAUAAACGAAACAUCAUCAGAAGAGUAUUGGCAUCUUGUCGAUGCGGAUAUUGACGAAGGGGAAGAUGUUCUUGUGAAUAAAAUUCAUCUUACAGAAUUUGAUGUGAUUCACCUUUUGAAACAAAUUCCUUUCGACGAUAUGCUUAGAUUCUUAACGAAACGUCAUACCUUUGUUAAUGAAUCGGAUAAUGGUGUUGCUUUUGGUGAAUAUACUGAACUCUCAAUGCUUAAACUACUUGCCAUUUCCACCAAAAUGAUACAAAUUUUACGUCAAGGAUUAUUAACAUUCAACUGUAUGCGUUUCCGUACCCUGACUGAUUAUGUAACUUCAGCAAUUAGGAAAACUGUUACCGCUGUUUCAAAUUUCUGGCAAGCUUGUAAAGGAUCAUUUUUUAAUCAAGAUGAUGCUCUGGUCUUAAGGUUACAAGUUGAAUAUGAUCAUUUUAUCCUUCGAUCCGUUGUAACGAUAUUAAGCUGUCAACGAUUUGGUGCUUGGAAGUUUGUUAGUGUAAUUCCCUUUGCCGGUGUUACCGAAUCAAUGAUGUGGCAUAUUGUUUGGGUCUUUUACAAUAAUGGUCGAGAUGAAAUCGAUGAACUUGGAGGUCUUUGUCCCUAUUUCAGUGAUGCCUAUUGGAAGAGUAAAUUCAAUGAACCAGCAAUGAAAUUCUUAUUCCGAGAAAAAUUACCGUCCCUUUCGUCAACUGAAGCUGAAUGUUUACUCAGAUCACUUGGAAAUAUGAUUAAAUCAAGAGGAAGCGAUGAAAUUGAAUUUGUCAAUACAAUUGCAUGUGAAAUGUUUGAAAUAAGUUUUCUAGUCCAUGAAGUUAAUCUCAAAAUGAGUGCUACUUGUAUUCAAACACUUUCCGAAUGUAUUGUUCAGCAUCCAUUCAUAAUUGCAGCGUUGAUUGGAAAGCUCAAAGAGACAACCCCUGAAAAUGAAUUGAUUAUUGAUCUUUUCAUGAAGUUACCGGUUACCUGUUGGUUUCCCGAUGAUUCAAUUCUCGAUAUUUUAAGAAGUUGGCUUUGUGAUUAUCCACCGAAAAGUUUAUUCAAUCGUUUAACUCGAGUUUUAUUGAUUAAACUUGCCUAUGGUUUUACCAAUAAUCAGCCCAUUCUCAGGCCAUCCAUUCAUAGGAAUAUCGCAUUAGCCGUUUACGAUGGGAUAAUUGUACAAACAAAGCAACUUGAAGCUCUCGAUACACCAAUUAAAUGUACCUUUUCUGGCUUCGAUUUUGAGUCGGCCAUAAAAUGUGCUAAAUCGAGUAAAUUAGGCGCUUAUAUCGAAUGGACCUGGAGAAUUUUACUUCUUUUCAAAUUACAUGAAAGAGAUUAUCCUGUUGAAUAUUUCAAAUCAGAUGAGAAUCUGAAAUCAUCAAAACAAGUCAAUCCAUUUUAUCCUGUUCCCAAUUUACAAAUAGAUUGUGAAGUUUUCCAAAUCUUCAAAGGAAUCGAGAAGCAAAAUGUAUUCGCUCAUUAUCUUGGCCUUUUAAUGACGGACAAAGGUCUCAAUGUCUCUUCCUAUGAAGAUGAGAUUGAGACAAUUAUUUACUUGCUCAAUUAUAAAUGUUAUAUUCCCUGUAUUCGGAUCCUUGAAUGUUUACUUCCUGUUUAUAAGACAAAACUAAAUGAUUUAGCUUGUAAUCAAAAAUUCAUCGCAACUUUUUACCAACUUCUCAUGCUGGAUACUCCUCAAGUGGUUGACAGUUUAAUUGGUUCAAUUAAAAAGCAAAUUGAAGAUGACAGAGAUAAAAAAGAAUUAGCUAUUUUCUGGAUUAAAUUACUUUGUGAAUUGGCUCAUUUGGUUUUCCAGAAAUAUUCUGCUUCAUGGUUUGUCUCAUCGCCUCGAGGUCUUCAACAACUUGUCCAUAUAUUUGAUCAGAUAAUUUCAUUUCUAUUUGUUGAUAAUCCUCUCCUUGAAGUUGUUAUCGAUACUUUUUCACAACAUAUGCCUGAUAUUCAAAAUACAAAGCAACCUCAACAAGGUGUAUCUCGUUGGAUCCCCUGGACAGGGUCAAAUAAAAAGUGCGACUGGACAACACCUUUCCACUAUUUUUGGGACAAAUUUCCCGACAAAAUUUGGUUCACCUUUCUGGUAACCAAAGCGGAUUCAUUUAGGAUGAGCAAAAUCUGGGAAUCAAUUGUCAACGAGAUGAGUACAAACAUUGAUAUGCCCGCUGAGAUUGCGAUUAGAAAGAUCUGUGAACGAUUUUAUCGAACUCCAAUUCCGUUAACAUUUUUACCGAUAAACGAAUGGGCAAGAAUUAUCCUUCAAAGUCCACCUUCUCAUCCGUUAUUACCAUUUUUAUGGUUCAACUUUUUCUCCGAUUUUUUUGCCAAUUCACCAACAGGAGGAUCAUCCGGUUUAAGAUUAGUUCCUGAGAUUUUAAUGAAACGUCUUAAAGCUAAACUUGAUCUUUUCAUUGAUUAUCAUCAUAAAACUUUAACCCAACCAAAGAAAAACUUUGAACCUGAAAUAAGUUCAAAGGAAAUACAUUUCCAUACAGAGAUGAUCAAAUUUUAUCGAGCUGCUAUUUUGUGGUUACAAGAUUUUCAUCUUCAUGAUGCUUUCGUUGAUGUUGAUCAUCUUACACCUCAGUAUCAGGUUGAAAUGCUUAAAUUUGUCAUGAACUCAGUUGACACGAUGUUCAGAAAUUUUGUUGAUCUCGAAAAAAUUACCGAACUCUCUUCCUAUUAUACUAAAUGGUUUCACGAAUUGAAAAACAUCAAUACCGAACUUUUCACCGAAAAUAUACCAAAAGAUGAUUCGAGUAUUCUAAAUGAAACGCUCUCUCGAUUGAAAAUCGAUAAAGUUGGUCCACCGGAAGAGAAAAUACCUAACAUCAUGUUCUAUGAUAUCGAAAGUAUCGAAUUUCUCAAACAAACUCCUGGAGCAGUAAUGAAAUACUUACGAGACAAUAUGAGAACAUUAAUGGAAGAGAAAAGUUAUUUUGACAAUCGAACUAAAAAAUUGUACAACUUGAGCAUUAAUCUAGUUGAUGGGGUUACUAAUUUAUACAAAAAUACUAAAAAAGAGACACAAAUUAAACUUGCCUGUGAUAAGGAUGGUUAUGAUCCUGAUGGUUGUUCUGGUAUAGCUAUUAUCAACAUUGAGUACAUGGAAGCGACUGAAAACACUGAUGUAGCGAAAAAUAUUGAACGUAUUCGAAUGGAGUUUAACAAUUUGAUGACAGAAUUAUUGGAAUUACCAUCAGAUAAAUCAGUUUGUGCUUCCAUUUUCAUUGAGAAAUGUAUCUCACUUUUAUCCCACGAAUUAGAUAAAACAUCAUCAACUGAUCCAUGCGAAAGUCUCUUAAGGUUCUACCUCACUUGGAUUGAAGAAAGUUCUGCUCUUACAUUCGCUCCGGCUAAAAAUUUGUUCAACUUACUAAUCGAUAGUCUUACCUUUGAUCGGGAACUUCAACGCGAUAGUAAUAGUUACUUUUUACUCCAAACUAGUCUAGAAAAACCAUCAAUCCUCGAGUAUUUAGCUCCUCGAUUAGCACCAUCUCGAUGUACAAUCAACUGUUUCCUCUCGAUGUACGAGCUUAUACAAAAAAAUCUGUACAAAACACCUCCACACAUCUUAUUCGUCCUUCUUAGCAAGUUUGAUGUAAGCAAUUGGUUGAAAGUUGCAUCUGAUGAAAAGAUACACAAUUUUCUCAAUCUACUAAUCAAUGCCCUUUUCGGUUUCGGACAAGAACCAGAUCAAGACAAAACGAUGCUUUUAGGGCUUUAUCGAAAACACUUACAGUAUAUGGUAAUUUGUCGAUUCCCGUCUUACCUUCAACCAGUUAUGCAAAAUAUGCUCAGAGGAAUGGACUGUUUUCUAUUGUAUCCAUCUCUUUGGAAUGAUAUUCUGUUGUCAUUUGGUUUCUAUUUACCAUCAAAUAAAAGUAAACUAAGUGACCUGGUCAAUGAAAUUCGUAAAUACGCUGAAAGUCAACCGAUAUUUUCCACUUGUGAGUUACACAAUUUAUUGGUCCUAUUCACGAACCAUUUCCAACGAAUCAAGGAGGAAAAAACGAGUAUCAAUUUGAUUGAACAUUUUCGAGCUUAUGUCCAAUCAUUUAGCAUCGUUCUAUCAACCAUCUCAUUAAUGUGGAUACACAGUAAUCGCAAAGAAGCAGUUGCUUUUGAUAUGGUUUGGACUCCAUUCUAUGAAGCUUGGAAACUUUGGUUAGUUUCAUCGGAUUUAAGUCAAACUGUUGAUGGAAAUGACUUCGAUUAUAUUUGGGAUCUAUUUAUAUGUAAUCUUCAGUAUUUAAUGCGUACUUUUCAUGAAAGUUGUUCACUUAUACUUUCUUAUGCUUGGAGGAUUCUUGCUGAAUAUUAUACACCGGAAAAUGCCAAUAGUCAUAUCGUUUAUGCAGAAACAAUCCAAGUAAAAUUGAAGAAUCUACCUUGGGACUAUUACAUUCCAAGUCAUGGUGACAUUAAAUUAAUGUACGAAUCUUGUCAACACGAGAAAACCCCACCCUUUAUGCUAAUUCGACACAUAUUAUGUACAGUUAAGUGGAAUUCGUGUGUACAAACAAUUGCAUAUGAUUCAAUUCCCCAAUCGAUGGAGUGGUUGGCAUACACCAUUAUCUAUGCUAUCGAUAAAUCAGAGAUGUUGGAAGUUACUGAUUUACCGAUUUUCAUGGUAACUUCCGAUCAGGCCAAGUCAAUAUGUCGUCUAUUGAGAUCAAAGUUAAAAAUAAUGUCUCUCAUUUAUAACAAAAGUGAUAUGAAUCGAUUUUACCUUCAAGUGAUCAGAAUUGUCUGUGGAUUAACUCUCAGUGAGGAUAAUUGGAGAAGUGGAGCUUUAAAGGAGGAUUACAAACGAAAACAAAUUAUCUACACGGAGACAAUUAGCAAUUUCUUAUUAGACUCUGUUCGAAAUGAUCCAAAUAUCCUUAAAGAUGAACCCGAAAGACUAUCACAGUUUCUUAGAAAAUGUUUCGAAGAUAUCGCCACAUCGCUUAAUGAAGGUUCUACUCACCGUGAAGCUUUAAUUACGAUUCUUUUAAAAUUCAUCAAUAGCGUUACUAUUCAUGAUCCUCAGAACAUUUUGUUGAGAGUUAUUUUAGAACUCGUAUCAACAUCGAAGCAAAAUAUCUUAGAACUUAUUGUUUGUUCACAACAAGCGAUCAAAUUUUUCCCUCUUUUCAUUCAUCUCAGUGAGCGAUGCAUCACAUUAUAUGCAAUCAGAGAAGGUUCACUUGAUGAUCUAAUAAAAGUUUAUGCUUUACCUGACACCUUUGACCCUGAUGUUUACCGGAUCUGUGAUCAAACCCAAGCUCAUCUAACUCUCUAUGUGAUCUUUCAAUCAGAGAAAUCAUCUAAAAACAUGAUUCCUUUAUUAGCUGGAAUGGUUGAUUGGGCUUGUCAAUUGAAACCACAAAAUGAGGCGAAAAUACUUGGAAUUUGGUUCAUGUUGGUCAAGGAUGUUUCCAUUCAUGUUUCAUGCGAUGAAUCUUGUAACGGAGUGAUUAGUUCAUCAUUGAAACUUUGUAGAAAUUUAUUUUACAUGGUUGAUGAAGUUGUCAAUCAAGGAUUCCUAUCAUUUGUCUCUAUGAAAUUCACUAAGAAAACCAUCACAUCAAAAUCGGCCUUUUUAAUUGCAGCCAUGGCGAGUUUCCUAUUGAAGAGAUUACAAGAAUUACUUCCGUCUUUUCAUCCUUUAUACAAUGAGAUUGGUUCCAUGGUUAAAGCUUCACUUAAUCGUUUACUCGCAAUUAAGAAACACAAAGGAUUCGCUGAUGUCCAUUCUAUUAACGAUAAAGCAAUUACCAUGAUUGAAUCUGAUCGGAAAAUUGACCUGGAAGGAAUUGAGACUCUUAAAAGUUGGUUACAAGCAAAUUACUCAGAUGAUCCGGUUUUCCGUUUCGUUCUUACCGAUAGUCAGAUUAUUGAUAUUCCAGAACAAUUUAAUUAUACAAACAAUCAAAAUUUAAUCACUAAAUCUUGAUCCAUACUGAUCAGAUUUCCAAUGAUUAACAUAUUUUAUUAAUAUUAUUUUUUACUCAAUUGGUAAUUAUUACUUUUUAAAUGCCACAUAAAAAUUUCAAAUGUCAUAAUUAAAUAAUUUUAUUAAGUAUUAA